CUUUCUUGGUAGUUUUAUCGACAUCGUUCAGGCGAUCAUCUGUCUCCUGUCGGGCUAAGUUAAUCAGUAAACUCAUUCGCAUCGAUACCCCACUGGUAGCCAACCAACUCGAAUUGUAUCCCCUCUUGAACCCCAAGAACAUCGUUCCUCAAGUCUCAACGUACUUUCUUUCUUGCAGAGAUAUACCCUCAAAAUACAAAUCGAGAUGACCGCAUCUUCGACUGGCGUUGAAACGGCCCCAGCCCAUGUCGAUCACCAAUCGGGCGAUGUCAGGAAUCGGGCUAGGAUUGGCCAAUAUACUCAGUUUUGGAAAACCAAAUCUGCGGAUGAUACCGAAAAUGACAACCAGCAUCGGAUUAAGGAGUACGAGAAUGUGACGAAUUCCUAUUAUGAUGGAGCAACCGAUUUGUACGAAUACGGUUGGGGAAAGAAUUUCCACUUCGCUCGUUACUAUCCGGGUGAAGCGUUCCAGCAAGCGAUUGCUCGACAUGAGCACUACCUCGCAGCUCAAGUGGGAUUACAAAAAGGCAUGAGAGUGCUGGACGUUGGCUGUGGAGUCGGAGGGCCGGCUCGCGAAAUGGCAGUCUUCAGCGAUUGUCAAAUAAUUGGGGUCAACAACAACGAAUAUCAAGUCAGACGAGCCAACAAGUACAACGCUCAAGCUGGAUUGAGUCAUCAAGUGGAGGUAGUCAAAGGCGACUUUAUGAACCUCGUAGAACAAUUCGGGGAGAAUAGCUUCGAUGCAGUGUAUGCAAUCGAGGCCACUUGCCAUGCACCAACUUGGGAAGGAGUUUACGGCCAGAUCAUGAAGGUUUUGAAGCCUGGUGGCAAAUUUGGAAUGUACGAAUGGUGCAUGACAGACAAAUAUGACAAGAACAAUCCCGAGCAUCGCAAGAUCAGUCAUGGGAUCGAGAUCGGAGACGGAAUUGCGGAGAUGAGGACGAUCGCCCAGGCCCGGGAUGCUCUGAAGACAGUUGGAUUUGAAAUCGUCUGUGAAGAAGAUCUUGCCGCUCGUGAUGACCAAAUACCGUGGUUCUACCCCCUACGUGGUAACUUGAGGGAAUGUCAGACCGUUUGGGAUUAUGCAACAGUGAUCAGAAUGACAUGGUUCGGUAAAGUCGUCACUCAAUCAAUGGUCCGAGUACUCGAAGGUGUUGGCCUGGCCCCCAAGGGCACAUUUGACAUCGGAGAGGCCCUUAAGCUUGCAGCUGAUGCUCUUGUAGCAGGCGGUGAAGCUAAAUUAUUCACUCCGAUGAUGCUGUUCGUUUGCAAAAAGCCCGAGAACUAGAAUAUUAGAGGAAAUCGCGCCAACUGACCGUCAAAAUUCACACUUGCUCAAAUAUAUCGUUGAAGACAGAAGACAAGUUGGUUUUCUGCUAUUAUCUAUUAAGGAGAAACCUUGUAAUCAAACCCAUUAAUUAUUCCAAUGUCAGAAUACCCACAUGAACGCAUAAGUAUUUUGCUAGUUUAGAAGUCAAUGGGAGCUGAUAAAUGACAGCAUUUGGUUCUAUAA